AUGAAUGAUUCUACUAUUCAAGGAACUGUAGUCAGUUUAUAUGAGAUCGGAUGUUUGAUGGGUGCUUUGGCCACCAUGCGUUUUGGUGAUCAGUUUGGUCGUCGAAAGGUGAUUUUUGUUGGUGCUAUUGUCAUGACCAUUGGUGCCACCCUACAAUGUACAUCAUUUUCCUUGGCACAACUAAUCGUUGGAAGAAUUGUCACUGGUAUCGGUAAUGGAUUUAUCACCAGUACGGUAAGUGGAACUGCUAGUUGUUACCUGCUUCUUGCUCUUGGAUGA